AUGUCGGUCGGACAGUCGUCGUCCGCGCUGCACUUGCAAAGUCUACACGUUGGAAGUGUUUCGAAUCCAACACGCUCGAUCCAAAAUGUUACGAUCCACCCGGUUGUACUAUUCACGAUCCUAGACCAUUAUUUGAGACGAACAGAUGACCAGGAGCGUGUGAUCGGGACGCUCCUCGGUACGCGUACCGAGACGGAGAUCGAGGUGCACAAUUGCUUUGCGGUCUUGCAUAGCGAGACGAGCGAACGGGUUGCGGUGGACAUGGAGUAUCAUCGUACAAUGUACGACCUGCAUCAUAAGGUACAUCCGAAGGAAGUUAUUGUCGGCUGGUACUCGACUGGCUCGAACCUCAAUACCUACUCUGCUCUCAUUCAAAACUUCUACUCGCAAGAGACAGCUCCUCAUACCGCUAUACAUGUGGCUUUGAAUACCGGAACAGAGGAAGGAAGUGAGCCAGGUGUGAAGGCUUUCAUUAGCUCGCCGGUGGGCGUCUAUCCAAAACCUGAAAACUGUGUUUUCGUUCCGAUUCCCUGCGAACUUCGGUUCAAUAACUCGGAAAGAGGAGGCCUCGACCUCUUGACAAGAUCAUUGUCAUCGACUUCUCCCUCAAUAACGAAUACCGCGACUGAUCUUGAGGUUCUUGAGCGCUCCGUUCAAUCGGUAUCCGAGAUGCUGGACCGGGUCCUUGCCUAUGUCCGAUCUGUCAUUGCUGGGGAAACAAAGGGUGAUCCUACAAUCGGACGUUACUUGUUGGAGACAUUCGCUACAAGCACAGAAGGUCUAGACCAAGGCAGCUUUGCAACAAGCUUACAGGAUACUCUCAUGAUCUCCUACCUCGCAAAUCUUAUCAGAUCACAAGCGGAAGUGUCCUCUCGCCUGCAGCUCGUCACCUCGUAGUAUGCACCAUUCCGCACUUAUCCCUCCG